AUGCCCUUCUGGCUGCUCUCCUCUCAUUCCGGCGGCGGCGUCACGGUGAGGACCGGUUUUGAUGAGGACCUGUACUAUCUUAAACUAUCUUACAGUUUUGAUGAGGACCUGGACUAUCUUAAACGAAGCAAGAUCAUUCUUGAGGACCAGAUCAAGUAUGCUGAAAAAAGGUAUCUGCAGCAUAGAGUGAGAAUAUCAAUUAACAGUGAUGAUCCUUGGCUCUCCAUUUCUAAUACGAUUACCCUCAUGAAGUCAACAAAUUAUGACAUAGAAGAUAUUAUCAAUGAUUCCCAUCAUUUGAAAGAGGAGCCUGGAGAUACUAGCUGUCUUAGAAAGGUCUCAUCAUUUUUCUCCUGUUAUAAUCCAAUCAUCACAAAAGUUAAGCUUAUUGAAAGGAUGAAAUCUGUGAGAAAGGAUCUGCAGAUCAUUCAGUCUGACCUCUCCUCUACAAGGGCACUUCCAUUCUCUGAACAGCCUGGAUCAUCAUACGUGAAUAUAAGUUCACCCAUCAUUGGAAGAGAUGUUGACUUCAGCAGAGUCAUGAACUUACUGAAAAUGUCAAGCGACAAAGGUAUUUCUGUCAUCCCCAUACUAGGGCCUGUUGGUAGUGGCAAGUCAACUAUCGCUUGUCUGAUUUACUUUGAUACCUGGGUGGAAAAGGAAUUCAACCACCGAAUUUGGCUUAGCCUAGCUAUGCAUACUGUUGAUAUCAAAGGCAUCGCGAAAAAGAUAAUUUCAGAGGCUGGGAAAACUAUUUGUGGAAAUAUGGAACUGAAGAGUAAAUUUCAUCAUAUUCUGAAGCACGAGAGCUGUUUAAUUGUUUUGGAUGGGCUGUGGGCUGAUGAUCAGAAGAUAAUUGAGCUUAAGCAGAUGCUGCAAACCGGAAGUGCUUCGAAAAGUAAGAUUAUUGUGACAACACACAAUGAAUUUGUUGCCAACUUGAUUGCUUCUUCUCAGGUAUAUAGGCUGCAUCUUCUAUCAGACGAACACUGUUCUCUAGUCUUCCAAAGUGCAUUAAUAUAUCAGAGUCAAGACACUGAGAUAUAUAGAGAUGCAGUUGUUGAUCAGAGUCAAGACACUGAGAUAUAUAGAGAUGCAGUUGUUGAUCAGAGUCAAGACACUGAGAUAUAUAGAGAUGCAGUUCUUGCUAGAUGUGAGGGUAACCCUUUGGUUGCCAAAUUUCUUGGAUUUGUGGUGGAUAGCGGGCGAGGAUCAUUGGAGAUAUAGAAGUUAGCAAAGGAGACCGAGAUAUGGAAACUAGAGGAGAAAACAGGGCAAGCAAUGCCCGUGCUCCAAUCAUUUCGACAAAUAUAUUGCAAUAUGGCAGCCAACUUGAGAAAGUGUUUCAUCUAUUGUUCCAUAUUUUCUCUGGGUUCAGAUUUAGACAAGGAAAAGAUUGCUCGCCAAUGGAUAUCACUUGGAUUGAUUGCAUCAGAAGAUAGCCUGUUGUCUGCUGAGUUGGUUGGAAAAUUCUAUAUACAGGACAUCAAGGCUUUAUUUUUCUUUGAUGAUAUGGAUGCUUUAGGAAACCAUGGUCCUCCUAGCAAGGUCCUGCGUAUGCAUACCUUAGCUUACAGUCUUGCUAGAUCUGUUGGAAGAAAAGAUAUGCUUGUCCUUUCAGAAGAUGGUAAGAUCCAUAAGGACACCAAUUACUGCUAUUAUAGGUAUGGACAGCUUUCUACAUCUGACCUGAAAUCAAUAGAUCGGAAGAGAUGGCCUCACAAGGCACGCACAUUAAUCUUGAAGUGCAGUGAGACUGAUGUGGACCUCCUCAGGGAAGUGAUUGCAGCAAAUAAAUUUUUGCGAGUACUAGAUCUUCGUGGGUGCAUAAUCACGGAAUUGCCUUCGUCUGUUUUUGGACUGAGGUAUUUGAGAUACCUUGAUGCUUCAGGGUUGCAUAUUUCAGAAUUCUUGGUGCAAAGAAAUUGCCUUGAAAAGCUAGAAAUGUUGGAUCUAUCAGAAACUGAUCUCGAAAAGCUGCCUUCCUCUAUUAGCAACCUCAAACAGCUCAGCUACUUGAGCUUGAAAAGUUGCCACAAACUUACUGCUUUGCCUAGUUCCUUCAGCAUGCUGAGUAAAUUACAUUAUCUCGAUUUAUCACAUUGUGUUGAAUUGAGUGAAUUGCCAGUGUCAUUUUUGAAUCUAAAGAUCCGCUAUCUCUACCUGAUUGGCUGUCAAGAUUCAGUAACACGUGCUGGUUCAACAAGCAAUAAUAUUGAAGUAUCA